AUGCAGCGCUCGCUCGCGGCAGCAGCCGCCCUGCUGGCCCUCAGCGCCCCGGCGGCGGCGCUGGCUCGCCACGAGCUGGCUCCGACGGCGGGGCACGCGCUGACUCCCUCGUCGGACGCCGAGCUGGCCACCGCGGCAGACCUCGACCUGGGCCCGGCGGCGGACAGCAGCGCGGCAGAGCUCGAGCUCGGCGAGGAGCCGCCGGCAUGGGAGCGGGUCACCUCGCAGCACUCCCACGCGGUGCUCAAGGAGCUCGUGGCCGCCGAGGGGAAGGCGGAUAUCAAGAAGGCCGAGAUGCUCGACAACCAGCUCGACCCCGAGUCCGGGGCGGCCUCCGCGGCCGCGGCGCCAGCGCAGCAGCCACAGGUGGAGCCCCGCCAGCAGGCGCCGCCUGGGCAGACAGGCCUGUGCGCCGGCCCGGCGAUCUACGACGGGCCCACCAUGGGCUGGGAGGACUGCCGCACGAGGUGCAUCGGCCACUGCAGGUUCUGGAGCUUCUGGCACGACUCCGUGCAGCACCGGUGCAAGCUCACCACGGACUGCUUCCGACGCGAGCGCGAUGGCCACCGCAGCGUCAGCGCGUACAGGAUUCCGCUGGACGCGGCGGGCGAGGAGGAGAGCAAGGAGCAGGCCGCCUGGGACCGCGGGGAGACGCCCGUCGACCCCGAGCCGCCCGAGGCGGAGGCCGCCGCACCCCGCGCCGCGCCCGAGGCCGAGGAGGCGACCUGCUCGCCGCGGGGCUCGGCGCGCAGGUUCGCCAUCUCGCCGGAGAGCGGCUGGCACAACCUCGGGAAGGCGCGCUCCUACGUCAGCUGCGCGAACACCUCGCUGCACAUGGGCUUCCGGAACCUCGUCUGGAACGUCGGCUCGACUGCACAGGGCCGCUGCUACGGCUUCUCCAGCGACGUGCCCGACGUCCUCGAGCGCAGCUGCGAGGAGGCGUACUGCUGGCUGUUCGGCGCGGCGGUGUCGGCGUGCAAGGACCAGAGCCCCACGGAUGGUGGCACUGCCGGGGCCGAGGUCGAGAAGAUCCUCGAGGAGAGGCCCCAGGUGGCGGCGAAGAGCACGAAGGCGGAGACUGCCACCCCGGGGCGCAGCGGGGCGUCCGAGGAGGCGCCGCCGCGCGAGGAGCAGGGGCAGGCGGGCGCGAAGCCGCAGGGGGCGCUGCAGAAGAUCCGGAACUUCUUCCACGGCCUCAGGUGA